AAAGUCCGUAUGGACGCCCCACCCUCCUCAACCUCCCCACUCAGGAUCUCCUCGGAUUCCGAGCAGGCGGGCCAUGCAGUCCCGAACCCUCCUCCUGCUGCUCUGGGGGGCCCUGGCUUUGACCGAGAACCGGGCGGGCCCCCACUCCCUGAGGUAUUUCUACACCGCCGUGUCCCGGCCCGGCAUCGGGGAGCCCCGUUUCAUCUCCGUCGGCUACGUAGACGACACGCAGUUCGUUUGGUUCGACAGCGACGCCGCGAAUCCGAGGAUGCAGCCGAAGGCGCGGUGGGCGGAGCAGGAGGGGCCGGAGUAUUGGGAAGAGAACACACAGAAUGUCAAGGUUUCCGCACAGACGUUCCGACUGGGCCUGAACAUCCUGCGCGGCUACUACAACCAGAGCGAGGCCGGGUCUCACACCUACCAGUGGUUUUGUGGAUGCGAUGCUGCGCUGGACGGGCGCCUCCUCCGCGGAUACAAUCAGUUCGCCUACGAUGGCGAUGAUUACAUCGCCCUGAACCAGGAUCUUCUUUCAUGGACCGCGGCGGACACGGCGGCUCAGAUCACCCAACGCAAGUGGGAGGCGGCCGGUGAGGCAGAGAAGAACAGAGCCUAUCUGGACGGGGCAUGCGUGGAGGAACUCCUAAGAUUCCUGGAGAACGGCAAGGAGAUGCUGCAGCGCGCAGACCCUCCAAAGACACAUGUGACCCACCACCCCAUCUCUGACCAUGAAGUCACCCUGAGGUGCUGGGCCCUGGGCUUCUACCCUGCGGACAUCUCACUGACCUGGCAGCGUGAUGGGGAGGACCAGGCCCAGGACACAGAGCUCGUGGAGACCAGGCCUGCAGGGGACGGGACCUUCCAGAAGUGGGCGGCCGUGGUGGUGCCUCCUGGAGAGGAGCAGAGAUACACUUGCCAUGUGCAGCACGAGGGGCUUCAGGAGCCCCUCACCCUGAGAUGGGAGCCACCUCCUCAGCCCACAGUCCCCAUCAUGGGCAUCAUUGUCGGCCUGGUUCUCUUUGUGGUCACAGGAGCUGUGGUGGCAGGAGUUGUGAUCUGGAGGAAGAGGCGCUCAGGUGAAAAAGGAGGGAGCUAUGCUCAGGCUGCAAGCAGCGACAGUGCCCAGGGCUCUGAUGUGUCUCUCAUAGAUCCCAGAGGUGAGACCCUGGAGGGCCUAGAUUGGGAGAGGGGUUGGGGCAGAGGGGAUACUGUGGGUGUGGGGAUUCUCUGAGUGGGACAUUUUGAG